AUGACUCGCCCCAUCCCAGAACCAAAAGGCUUCGAAUCCUGCGAUGCGCUCGACACCAAAACAACAACGACAGCCAAACUCAUAUCCAUCCUCAACCGCGAUGGCGGCGUAAUAGUCCGCAACCUGAUCCCGCGAGAACAAGCAUUGCAAAUCAAGCAGGAUCUGAAACCGAGCUUCGACUCCGACAAGCCCGAUCCAUCCGGCUUCUUCCCAGAAACGACACAACGUGCCACAGGCCUGCUCGGGCUUUCCGAUGCUUGCGUCGAGCUCGCGUGCAAUCCGCUUUAUAUCGACGUUGCUAACGCGCUCGUGUCGUCGAGCCAUACUAUGUGGGACGGCGAUCGACAGGUGACGGUGACGGGGAAGCCGAUCAUUUCUUCUACUGUUGCGUUUCGCAUUAAUCCCGGGGGGCGCCAGCAGAGAUUGCAUAGGGAUGAUAAUGACUAUCAUCCCACGAAUGCAGAGUUGCCGGUGAUGAUCGGUUGCGUGACCGCCAUAACGAAGACCACGAGAGAAAAUGGAGCAACUGUCGGCAUACCGGGGUCGCAUUUGUGGGGAGUGGAGAGGCCUCCGCGUACUGAAGAUGCGGUCCCCGCGGAACUCGAGAUUGGUGAUGCGUUCAUCUUCUUGGGGAAUCUGUACCAUGGUGGCGGUGCGAACAUCACAAAAAACGAAGUUCGCGAGACGGUUGGAAUCUUUCUGUGCAAGCCUACCCUACGUCCUGCCGAGAACCAGUUUCUGAUGGUACCACUCGAAAGAGCUAGACAGCUGAAACCGCAGGCUCAGCGACUCCUUGGGUAUGGCGUAUGUGAGCCGGGCGUUGGCUUCAUGAAUUAUCAAGAUCCAAUGCGGGUUUUGUUUGGCGUGGAAGACGAGGAGACCGUCAACAUGUGA